AUGAUGAUGAAUAAAUAAUGCGGACGCCAGGUAUCCGGUGUCCGCGCAUUGUUGCCGCUGGCAGUUAAUGUUAGAAUGUCAAACCGACCUGCUCCACGUCGGCGCGCCCCCCACGCCCGUGUCCGCCCAAACGCACGCCGCUAAAUAACACAUGCGCUUCUCUUUUGCUUUUCUCCCGGCCGUAACUGGAGCGUUCGGCCUGACCUACACUUUGGGACGUGACCUUCUCUUUGUGCGACGCUCCGCAGGCUGGGAGGACAUUCCUGCACCAGCCUACCCAGCUCCUUGUGUCUGCGCGCCUGUUUUUCCUACAAAUACACACGCGCGCGCGCGCGCGCGCACGUGUCGGUAAAAUUCGACGAAAGUCGUCGCAUUUCAGAGAAGCCACGUUUAGACCCCGAAUUUAAAAAGGCUAUGAAUCUAAAAGAACCGUUCCGUUAAACAAAUCUGCCGAAGUAUUAAUUUUAAACAACGAUACAUCGGAUUAAUUGUGCGGGGAAAUGCGAUUUUACCGAAAGGAUGAUUAUGAUCAAAUGGAUUAUUUCGUUUUUUUAACCUUGUGGGUCAAAUGGCGUCCGCAGGGACAUGAGGGAGCUUUACUGAAGUCCGGCUCUUUAAAUCGCAUCUCGUGCUGCAUAGGCUUUUUUAAAAAAGGGGACUGAAACACAAAAUGGGCCUGAGCUUCGGAUCCGACUCGCGCCCUUUAGUGGUGGUAAUUUUCAUUAUAAAUUGGUAAAAGUUUUUAGUUUCCGCUGCGGCAAUUCCUGCGAUUGUGGCAGAUUUCUUUUUAAUUGCAGGAGAAUUCAAGGCCUUGGGUUAUGCGCAAUAAAACCCCACUGUCUGCCGGAGCGUCCAGGCCUCCGUCUCGCCCGAUUGUGUCAUGAUCUAAAAUGAUUAGUAGCUGCAGUUUCAGGAGGAGUUCGAGUCAAGGCGAGGACGUGCUGCGUUCACGAAAAGAACAGGUUGACGCUCUUCGCCGCAGCACGUUUCCGUGUGUCGGAUCUGAAGAGAGGGACCCAUGUCAGCUCCGUUUGCCCGUGGACAACAUGAAGGCGACCACUCCGCGCACCUUCACAGAGGAAGCGACUCCCACAGCUGGCGCCACGGGUCGCGGGAUCUGCGUUUGAGGAAGAAAACCGAACCAUUGCCGCCGCUGGUUCGUUCCCUGAUGUGACUGGGCUUCAGACUGUUAACUGCGACGACUGUUCUCCACUUCUGCCCUUUUCCCUUUAAAAACAUAUUUUUAUAAGAAAUAUUUAUGUAAACAACCUGCACAAACCGUUGAUCCCAGAGGUUCAGUCCGAGCGACCUACUCGAUUCCCCUAAGACCUUGGAUUAACACAUUUUUCCUUUUCCGCGAUGGAUCUUCUAAGUUUUUCCGUCCGACUGCAGGUUUUCCUCAGCGCAUGUCUGGGACUAGACUUUUUGGGCACUCCGGGUCAGUGGGCGCGCUACCUCCGCUGGGACGCCAGCACCCGCGGCGACCUCAGCUUCCAGCUCAAGACCGAGGCCUCGGCGGCGCUGCUGCUGUACUUCGACGACGGCGGCUACUGCGACUUCCUGCAGCUGUCGGUCGCCGAAGGCCGCCUGCGGCUGCGCUUCAGCAUCGACUGCGCCGAGACCAGCGUGGCGUCCGACGGGCGGGUGGACGACGGCGCCUGGCAUUUCGCCACGGUGAGCAGGUACAACCUGCGCACCACGCUGGUGCUGGACGGCCAGGCCAAGGCCGACGAGGUGCGGCCCCAGCGGCAGUUCAUGAAAAUCGUCAGCGACCUGUUCGUGGGCGGCGUGCCUCAGGACAUCCACAGCGGCGCGCUCACGUUACUGACCGUGAGGAACAUGCAGCCCUUCAAAGGCACAAUCACAGACCUCAAAUACGGCAACGCGCGGCCUCUGUUCCUGGGAAGCCUUAAGGUGCCCCUGGAGUCGGAGGGGUGGUGCACCGUGAACCCGUGCGAGAACGGCGGGACGUGCUCCGUGGUGGACGGGGAGGCGGUGUGUGACUGCUCCAAGACAGAAUACAAGGGCCGCUUCUGCAGAGAAGAGGUCAUCAGCAAUACCCGAGGCCUUGCACAUAUGAUGGCAGAACAAGCUAAAAGCAAAGGUACAGCUUUUUCGAACUCUUUCCUUUUCCACCUCUAUGAAAAGCGACGCUUGCUCUCGAGGGAGGAGAAUGUGGCCACCUUCCGUGGCUCCGAGUACUUCUGCUACGAUCUCUCUCAGAACCCCAUCCAGAGCAGCAGCGACGAGAUCACGCUCUCCUUCAAGACCUGGCAACGCAACGGCCUCAUCCUCCACACGGGCAAGUCGGCCGACUACGUCAACCUGGCGCUCAAGGACGGCGCCGUCUCGCUCGUCAUCAACCUGGGCUCCGGGGCCUUCGAGGCCAUCGUUGAACCGGUGGUCGGCAAGUUCAACGACAACACGUGGCACGACGUGAAGGUGACCCGCAACCUGCGGCAGGUGACGAUAUCGGUGGAUGGGAUACUGACGACCACGGGCUACACCCAGGAGGACUACACCAUGCUGGGCUCUGACGACUUCUUCUAUGUGGGUGGAAGCCCCAGCACAGCCGACCUGCCUGGGUCCCCGGUCAGCAACAACUUCAUGGGCUGUCUCAAGGAGGUGGUUUAUAAGAACAACGACAUCCGACUGGAGUUGUCCCGCUUGGCUCGAAUCGUGGAUCCAAAGAUGAAGAUUCAGGGUGAGGUUUCGUACAAGUGUGAGAACGUGGCCACUCUGGACCCCAUCUCCUUCGAGACUCCCGAGGCCUACAUCAGCCUCCCCAAGUGGAACACCAAGCGCAUGGGUUCCAUUUCCUUCGAUUUCCUCACGACCGAGCCCAACGGCCUGAUCCUCUUCACCCACGGAAAACCCCAAGAACGCAAGGACGCGGCCCGCAGCCAGAAGAACACCAAGGUGGAUUUCUUUGCAGUGGAGCUGUUGGAUGGGAGCCUGUACCUGCUGUUGGACAUGGGCUCGGGGACCAUCAAGGUGAAGGCCACGCAGACGAAGGUCAAUGAUGGGAAGUGGUAUCACGUGGACAUCCAGAGAGAUGGACGCUCAGGUACCAUCUCUGUAAACAGCAGACGGACUCCAUUCACAGCCAGUGGAGAAAGUGAGAUUCUGGACCUGGAGGGGGACAUGUAUCUAGGUGGGCUUCCCACUGACCGCACCAACCUCAUUCUGCCCACUGAGCUCUGGACGGCAAUGCUCAACUACGGCUACGUUGGCUGCAUCCGCGACCUUUUCAUCGACGGUCGAAGCAAAGACAUUCGUCAGAUCGCCGAGGCUCAAAACGGUGCUGGGAUCAAACCCUCGUGCAACAAACAACAGGGGAAGCAGUGUGAGAGUAACCCCUGCAAGAACCGCGGCGCCUGCAAGGAAGGCUGGAAUCGAUUCAUCUGCGACUGCACCGGCACUGGCUACUGGUCCCGCACCUGUGAGAGAGAGGCCUCCAUCCUCUCAUACGACGGCAGCAUGUACAUGAAGGUGGUGAUGCCGACCAUCAUGCACACUGAAGCGGAGGAUGUCUCGCUCCGGUUCCGCUCCCAGAGGGCCUACGGCCUCCUCAUGGCCACCACCUCCCAGGAGUCAGCUGACACGCUCAGGCUGGAGCUGGAUGGGGGUCGAGUCAAACUCACAGUCAACCUAGACUGUAUCAGGAUAAACUGUAACUCCAGCAAGGGACCGGAGACGCUGUAUGCUGGACAAAAGCUCAAUGAUAAUGAAUGGCAUACAGUGCGUGUGGUGCGUCGGGGCAAAGCCUACAAGCUAACGGUUGACGAUGAUGUAGCAGAAGGCCAAAUGGUUGGAGACCACACUCGUCUGGAGUUCCACAACAUCGAAACGGGCAUCGUGACGGAGCGCCGCUUUUUGUCCAGCAUCCCGUCCAGCUUCAUCGGUCACCUGCAGAGCCUGAGAUUUAACGGCAUGCUCUACAUUGACCUGUGUAAGAACGGCGACAUUGACUUCUGUGUGCUUAACGCCCGCUUCGGCAUCCGUUCCAUCAUCGCCGACCCCGUCACGUUCAAAUCCAAGAGCAGCUACCUGAGCCUGGCCACGCUGCAGGCCUACACGUCCAUGCACCUCUUCUUCCAGUUUAAGACCACCUUCGCUGACGGCUUCAUACUGUUCAACUCUGGCGAUGGCAACGACUUCAUCGCUGUGGAGCUGGUGAAGGGAUUUAUCCACUAUGUCUUUGACCUUGGGAAUGGGCCAAACGUCAUUACCGGCAAAAGUCAGAGGGCGCUUAAUGACAACCAGUGGCACAACGUGGCCAUCACUCGAGACAACAGCAACACCCACACGCUGAAAGUUGACGACACAGCCACGGUUCAGAGCAUCAAUGGGGCCAAGAACCUGGACCUGAAAGGCGAUCUGUUCAUUGCUGGACUCGGGCCAAAGAUGUACACUAACCUGCCCAAGCUGGUGGCUUCCAGAGAAGGCUUCCAGGGCUGCUUGGCCUCUGUGGACCUCAACGGGCGCCUGCCAGAUCUGCUCAAUGACGCUUUGUUUCGUAGUGGCCAGAUUGAGCGUGGAUGCGAAGGUCCCAGCACCACCUGCCAGGAAGACUCCUGUGCCAACAUGGGGAUCUGCAUCCAGCAGUGGGAGAACUACACCUGUGACUGCUCCAUGACCUCCUACACAGGCACACAAUGCAACGACCCUGGGACAACGUACAUCUUUGGCAAAGGAGGAGGCCUCAUCACGUUCAACUGGCCGGCCAACGAGCGACCGAGCACCAGGACCGACAGGCUGACCGUGGGCUUCAGCACCUCCCUGAAGGACGGCAUCCUGGUCCGGAUCGACAGCGCGCCCGGUCUGGGCGACUAUCUCAUGCUGCACAUACAACAAGGAAAAAUUGGAGUGACGUUCAACAUAGGCACCAUAGAUAUCAGUGUGCAGGAGAGCAGCACCCCAGUGAAUGAUGGGAAGUACCACGUGGUGCGCUUCACCAGGAACGGUGGGAAUGCGACUCUGCAGGUGGACAACUGGUCAAUUAACGAGCACUUUCCAUCAGGGAACAGCGACAUUGAGCGCUAUCAAAUGGCCAAUAAGAAAAUUCCUUUCAAAUAUGCCAGACCAGUAGAAGAGUGGCUACAAGAGAAAGGUCGGCAGUUAACAAUAUUCAACACUCAAGCGACGGUGGUGAUUGGGGGCAGUGAUCGCGGCAGACCCUUCCAGGGCCAACUAUCGGGCCUUUACUAUAACGGCCUCAAGGUUUUGAACAUGGCUGCAGAGGGGAACCCGAACAUUAGGAUCAGUGGAAGCGUGCGGUUGGUAGGGGACGUACCCAGCGUCGCAGGCUCGGCCAGAACCACGCCUCUGGCCCCAGAAAUGUCCACCAACCUCAUCGAGACCACUACCAUGAUGUCCACCACCACCACAAGGAAACACAGGUCAUCCACCACGGUACAGCAUGCGGGAGAUGACCAGGGGUCGUCUGCAGAGUGUUCGAGUGACGACGAAGACCUGGAGGAGUGUGAAACUGGCCAUACAGGUGGGCUAGCACUCCCCACAGAACCUGGCGUCAGGCGAGUCCCAGGGCCAUCGGAAGUGGUCCGUGAAUCUAGCAGCACCACCGGGAUGGUCAUCGGAAUAGUGGCGGCCGCUGCCCUGUGCAUCCUCAUCCUUCUGUAUGCCAUGUAUAAGUACAGGAAUAGGGAUGAAGGCUCCUACCAGGUGGACGAGAGCAGGAACUACAUAACCAACUCAGCCGUGCAGAGCAAUGGCGCUGUCAUGAAGGACAAACAGCAGAGCUUGAAAGGCAGCAACAAGAAACAGAAAAACAAGGAUAAGGAGUACUAUGUGUGACUGUGAGACGUUCAAGAAUGUGAGAGGACGAUGAAAGAAAGCUCAGAGAGAACAUUUCAUUAUCAGUUUCCUUGUAAGGAGCUAUGACAAAUGAUGGUAUAACAUGGAACUUGAAUUAUCUUAUACUGUGCUGAGUAGUCAAACUGAUGAUAUGUACUGUAAUAUAAAGCACACUUACUAUUGUAAGCAUAACGACAAGGCUAAAUAGCAACUUUAGAGAUGUUACUCUUCUAUCUGGUCAGAGACAUUAUCAGUAUAGAACUAUCUCACGGCUACACCAUUCUCCUAAGUGACUUUUAGAGCUACGUGGUCCUUGGCAUUACAACAAAGUUUCUUUUCUAAAAUCCUUGAUUACAAAAGGCUCAUGCUCUCAUACAUCCUCCGCAUGUGAGCAACAUGUAGUGCUUCAAACGAUGGGGUCAAAAACAUGCUCAUAGUAAAAGUAAAAAAGGACUCGUGUAUCAGAUUAUGAUACAUUUUUAUGGUUUAUACAUAAUACAAGUGUGGUGUACUUACUUAUUUUUGCUUUGAGCAAAACAAAAAAUGACAAAAAGAGGAGUAAGAAAAGAAAUUAUUUCUGUGUAUAAAAUGAAACCAUGUGAGCAGAUUUCAUAAAAUCUUUUCACUCUGGUGACUGAUUCACCACAAUUACUACCAUUGUCUGACCGAAUGACUCACUUUGUGGGAAGAAGCAGUAGCUGGUUCUCUUGGUAAGAAGCAACUGAUUGUAAAAUGCUUGUCAUGAUUCUACAGUAAAGUCCAGUCCAGUAAACGUCCCGUAUACAGUGUUCAACCUGGACCAUGUUCUCCCUAAAGACAAAACAUCAGAGCCCUCUCCUGUUUCUGGAACAUGCAAAAAUGUUAAUCAUGGAAUAAAAAACAAUCUUUUGAGACACUUUCUAUUCUAUUCUGAUGCACAGCCAGUGGUGGUUUUAUCUUUUUGCAAUGUAUGUCGGUUCAUUGCCUAUUGUACUCUUUUUCUAUGGAGGCGCAGGAAGAAGACAAAUGCAGUUCUACAACACUGUUAACAAAUAUGUAUACAAAAUAAAUCAAAUGGUGAAAGUGUGAAUUCUAUCUGCUGUCACAGUCGACUGUGUCAAAAAACUGUGUAAAAAAAACAAGAAAUUUGUUUACAUAUUUUAUUACAUGCUAGCUGUUGUACUUUUUGAGGUAGGAAAUUGUACAUAUACCAUGACAGUUGUAAUUUUUAGUACCUCUAUUGUACAGACUGAACAUAUGGUUUAUCAACGUAUUUGACAUGACAAAAUCUAUUAACUGUUAAUUUACACAGAGAAAGACUUUAAUUAGAAUGUGGAGAAUCAUAUUGAUAUUCAUAAAGAAUAAACAUGUAUUGUUAGUCUAGAGAUCUAAGCAGAGAUGUUUCUAAAGUUGCAUGAAUAUUUAACUACCUGCAGUUGUCCAACAAAUACAAGGUGCCCUUCCUUCUGUAUCAUGGCUUUCUUGUUCUGGGUCACACCAGUGUUAUUUCCUUUUGGAAAGAGAAUAAAGAUGCGAGUUAUGUCACAGACAGAAGACAAAAGGCUGUAUGGGACGGGGCUUUAACGGAGCGACACUAUUUUUUUUAGUGGGACUGGUCACUUUAAAUCAUUGUAUUGUCACCACAUUAUCAUUAGAUGACAUCUUGUGUUGACAGUGUUUUACUGUCCAUUUCUGUUUUCUAUUAUUUGACAUUGUCAUUCGAUGAUGUGCAGGUUAAGUCCUCUUCUUGUUGGGAUUCACUUUUUGUGUUAUAACUGUUUUUUUUUUUAUACCAUUUUUCCAUCAGUUUGAUAAAUAAACCUUCUUUUUUUCUCUGAAUUGA